AUUGUCCCUAGCGGCGCCCCGUCCACGCCGCGGCUGUUAGAGCAUCAUCAUGGCGACGGCGCUGCUGCGGGAGCUCUCAAUGUCAGCCGCUUGGGCAAGACACCUCGCGCGGGGGGCAAGAGCGGGAGCAGCCGCCGGCGGGGUCUCCUCGACUCCGGCCAGGUCACUGAACACUUCCACAUGGCAGCUGGCACAGGACCAAGCCCAAGACAUGCAGCUCAUCACAGUCGAUGAGAAAUUGGACAUUACACCUUUGACUGGUGUACCAGAGGAGCAUAUUAAAACCAGAAGAGUUCACAUUUUUGUUCCGGCCCGUAAUGCCAUGCAAGCAGGUGCCAACAACACCAAAAAAUGGAAGAUGGAAUUUGACACGAGGGAGCGCUGGGAAAACCCGUUGAUGGGCUGGGCGUCUACGGCAGAUCCUUUGUCCAAUCUUGUUCUUUCCUUUGCUACAAAAGAAGACGCUAUUGCCUUUGCUGAAAAAAAUGGCUGGAGCUAUGAUGUUCAAGAGCGGAGGAUUCCAAAACCUAAAUCCAAGUCUUAUGGCGCAAACUUUUCUUGGAACAAAAGAACAAGGGUGUCCACAAAAUAGGUUGGCAUUGGCUGUCUCUGCGUCUGACUGUGAAUAAAGUCAGCUGUGCUGUAUUUAUAGUCCAUGUAUAAUACAUCUCUUAAUCUCCUAAUAAA